AUGACCCGGACAGGAGGGCACAAGCCCCGAUCACUCCUCGAUAACACUUUCUACGAGGACGCAGACUUCGUCCUCCUCGUCAUCCGAAACCACUACAAGCGCUGCGGCCACUAUCUUGACCUCCCCGACGAACUGGACCAAUGUGAUGACCGGUACUGCAAGUUCAGCACCUGCCACCCGAGCAACUGUGUGCCGCCGCGCUGCACCGAUACCUGCUGGCAGUACCGACAGUUUCCAGAGUCGAUUAGUCCGGUCAUAGACGACUACUGCCCGUCCUGCAUUGCAGCCGGCCGCCAGCCUACCGGUGCCGCCUCGAAGUACGCGAACGUCAAAUUCCCGCCCCCAUGAUCUUCUCCCUGUAUUUUGUGCUUACCCUCGCCGUUCGUGUUUGUAUCCCGUAUACUUGCCCUCUCCCACCUCCGUAGACGCAUUGAGAACGACUCGCGCCGUAUAACGUUAUGUAGAGCUCACCCUUUCGUCAUAUGUAUCCGAGCCAUGCUUUCGGUAUAGUAGAUUGUAAUGUGAUC